UCUGAUCGCCGCAGCUUUGGAGAAGGAGGAGAACCGGCGGCUGGUGGCCGAGAGCGGGAGAGGAGGCCGGCCGUGCAGCGCCGGCGGUGGCGGUGGCGGUGGCGAGCAAGGGGGCUUGUUGCUGCUGCUGCCGCCGAGAGAGGAAGAAGUGCUGGGCUGCGCGCUCCUUCCCCGGCGAGAGGUGGCCCCGGGGGAAUGUGACAUCACCGCGCGGGUCUGGGGCAGCCGAGCGGGAAGGCUUCCCGGCAGCGUCCCGGCCUCCCUGGCUAACGCGCUGCCGCCGCCCGCUCCCGCGCCGGCUCCCCAUCUCGGCCCCGUCAUCAGCAUGUCUGCGAAGGAGAGGCCCAAAAGCAAAGCCGCCGCCGCCGCCGCCGCCGCCACCACCAAGGAAAGCGUCACCCUGUUGCCUUGCUUUUAUUUCGUGGAGCUGCCCAUACUGGCUUCUUCUGUUGUCAGUCUCUAUUUCCUUGAACUCACGGAUGUCUUCAAGCCAGUACAUGCUGGAUUCAGCUGUUACGAUAGAAGUUUGAGUAUGCCAUACAUUGAACCUUCCCAGGAGGCUGUUCCUAUCUUGAUGUUGCUCAGUUUGGCUUUUGCUGCUCCUGCCAUUAUGAUUAUGGUAGGCGAGAGCAUUCUCUACUGCUGCCUUUCCAAACGCCGGAAUGGAAUUGGAGCCGAGGCCAAUAUCAACGCAGGCGGCUGCAAUUUCAAUUCUUUCCUUAGGAGAGCUGUCAGAUUUGUUGGUGUCCAUAUCUUUGGCCUUUGUGCCACCGCACUUGUCACUGAUAUCAUACAGCUGUCAACUGGAUAUCAAACACCGUAUUUCCUGACUGUAUGCAAACCUAAUUAUACUUCCCUCAACGUAUCGUGCUCAGAAAAUUCUUACAUCGUGGAAGAUAUUUGCUCAGGAUCUGAUCCCAUUAUCAUCAAUGAUGGCAGAAAGUCAUUUCCUUCGCAACAUGCCACCCUGGCAGCAUUUGCAGCUGUGUAUGUUUCGAUGUACUUCAAUUCUACGCUAACCGACUCCUCUAAACUUCUAAAGCCACUUCUAGUCUUUGCUUUUAUCAUCUGCGGAAUCAUAUGUGGCCUGACACGCAUCACCCAGUACAAAAAUCACCCAGUGGAUGUUUAUUGUGGCUUUUUAAUUGGGGGUGGAAUUGCUCUCUACUUGGGUCUGUAUGCUGUAGGGAACUUUUUGCCAAGUGAAGACAACAUGUUCAACCAUAUCAUACAUAGAGAACCAUUGAGACCUUUGCCUGACCUAAGCCAAGAUCCCAAUCGAAUUUUACCAGGGAAAAAUGGCAGUGGAAAUGAUGCGAUCACGACUCAUCACGUGGAGAACAUGUUGAACAGGAACCACAGGGACACCGGCUCCUUGACAAACCUUAAGAGAGCGAAUGCUGAUGUAGAGAUUAUAAUGCCACGAAGUCCGAUGGGAAAGGAAAACAUGGUCACAUUCAGCAACACAUUGCCAAGAGUCAACACACCUGCAGUCGAGGAAUCAGCUCGUCGGAACGUGUCCAUACAUGCCUCCAUGGAUUCCGCCCGCUCAAAACAACUCCUCUCUCAAUGGAAGAACAAGAAUGAAAGUCGGAAGCUCUCCCUGCAGGUAAUUGAAACCGAUUCUGGACAGUCGCCUCCUAGGGCCAUUGAAAUGAGAUCAAGCUCUGAGCCAUCUAGAGUGGGUGUUAAUGGAGAUCACCAUGGUCCAAGCAAUCAGUACCUGAAAAUUCAGCCUGGUAGCAUGCCAGGCUGUAACAGUGUUGGCCUAUCUGGGGGACCCAGAGUUUCCAUUCAGUCACGUCCAGGAUCUUCCCAGCUUGUGCACAUCCCUGAAGAGACCCAGGAAAAUGUGAACACGUCUCCCAAAACGAAUUCUGCUCGAGCAAAGUGGUUAAAAGCUGCUGAGAAGACAGUUGGGUGCAGAAGCAACAGCCAGCCAAGGAUCAUGCAGGUCAUAGCCAUGUCAAAGCAACAAGGAGUCCUUCAGGGCAGCCCAAAGAGCUCCGACGGCGGUACAGUCACCUGUACAGGAGCGAUCCGCUACAAAACCUUGACAGAUCAUGAACCAACCAGCAUUGUAAGGGUAGAGGCCCACCCUGAGAAUAGCCGCCCCAUCAUCCAAAUGCCGUCCGAAGGAGAAGGCAGUGGCUCCUGGAAAUGGAAAGCCCCGGAGAAAGGAAGCCUUCGCCAAACGUACGAGCUCAACGAUCUCAACAGAGACUCUGAGAGCUGCGAAUCUUUGAAAGACAGUUAUAGUUCUGGGGAUCGGAAAAGAAGCAACAUCGAGGGCAGUGACCAUCAUCAUCAUGGGAUCACCACAAUAAGGGUGACCCCUGUAGAAGGCAGCGAGAUCGGCUCAGAGACCCUGUCCAUUUCCUCUAGCCGUGACUCGACACUUCGGAGAAAAGGUAAUAUCAUUUUAAUACCCGAAAGAGGCAGCAGCCCGGAGAAUACCAGGAAUAUCUUCUACAAAGGAACAUCUCCAACAAGAGCUUACAAAGAAUGAGGGCUGGUGCUUCGGCCAAAACAACAAACACCACUACAAUCAAUACUGUUUGGGUGCAAGCGUUGCACUCCCUUUAUUUUUAGAGCUGAUGCCGAAAUAUUCUUGAUGUGCCAACUAUUGACCAUCAGCCUGACUGUUUAUGGAUGUUGCUGAUGUGUAGUGAUUGUGCAUGAAUUUGUGAAUUUCAUGUCGCGGGGGGAAAAAGCACAAUGCAAGAACCUAGUGAAGGGGAGCAAGCUUUUGUUUUCAGAAUCAAAAUGUUUUUUUCCAGUGGGAUCUGUGUCAGCAAAAAGAGCGGUCUUAAAUCUGGACCGCUUAUUUCCUGAAUGUGCCAACUUUUCAACUUAUCUCUAUUUCAUGGUCAAAGGGAAGCAAUUUUUUUUAAAUAAGCAAAAGCUGUACCAGAGCUGUACUUCAUCUUUGCGGGUUUUGCACCAAAAUUUAAUACCAAACGGUGCUGAUUCUAACUUUACAUUUUUAGAAAACUUCUACUCCUGUGCAGCUCUCUAAACACAAUACAUUUUGAUGUGCGAGUUCUUUCCGAGUAUUCUAGCUGAAAACACCAUGCUAACUGCAUUCAUUUAGAAUAGAAGAGUAUCAAGAAUCAAUACAGCUUUGCUAUAGUGCAGUUUUCAUCUCAAAUGAUCGCAAAACUUUUGUGUAGUUCUUUGAAAGAUUUUUUGGCGCCAAAAAAACAAAAAAAAACAAAAACAAAACAGAAACAAAAGGUGAUAUUCCAUGAAAGUUGAAUGAUUUUUUUUUCCUCCUGAGUUAGGUUAGUUUUUGCUUUUCUCCAAACUUUAUUCAGUUACAGGUGCUAUAGAGAUAGAUGUUGCUUUUUUAACGAGAUAGCUUGGGGUUAAUUUAAAUAUUGUACUUUUUUUUUUUUUUGGAAGAUAGGGAUCUCUUACAGCACUAAUUCAAAUUCUUCAUUUUGAACAGGGUUUUCAGUUUGCUUCAUGGCUUACAUUUUCCUUUUUUUCAGUUCAUCGCUGGUUAGCUAGCACUUCACCCUGAUCACUGCCACUGUGUUGUAACAGUGCAAAUAAAUUUUGCAAGUCAGAUUGCCUAAUCAAUUAGCAGGUGUGGCCUUAAACACAGGAACAUCCUAGAAAAGACAAAGGACCCCUGUUAUUCUUUUCCCAAAAACUGGGCUGUACUUCUGCUUCCAGAGGUGACCUGAAUUUAAUGAAGGAUCAUGAUUGGAAGAUCCAAGCAAUCAUAAUAGGCUUAUCUUAAUCUCCCAUGGCUGGUAAAAUAGUCAGUGGAAAUGAGAACUGAAAUUAAGUUGCUGAAUCCUCUCCCAUGUGACAGUUGCUAUCUUAAGUGCUUAAAGACAGAUUACAUUAGAUCACACCUAUCCCCCUUUCUUCUGCAUCGGUGUUGAACCUCUGCCUCCCUCUGAAUUUUUAAUAUACUAAAAAAGAUUUAAUAGUUCUGAUCUCAAUGAAAGCAACGGCUGAGGUAACUUGUAGCUGAUUUCCUGGUGGCCUGUGACAAUGUGAGAUAUUGGAUAAUUCUCCUAUCCAAUAGAUGGGCUGGUCUUGUCGUUUGGGGACAACCACAGAUGAAAUCGAUACUCGCACUCACACAGAGAAGUGGUUCUCUUAGUCCACGGGUGUUAAACCCGGUCACGUGACGUUUCAUGACUUUUUUGCCUUUGUGGAACCGGGAUAGGCAUGGCCUGCACCUGAUGCAUCCAGCACGCGGGCUGCCACCCCUGUUUUAGUCAUUUGGAAUAUAAAAUGACCCUUCAACUACUUGCAGCGUGUUCAUCAAUCAGUGUUUAUUUUUUUAUUUAAAAAAAAAUAUGCCAUGCCCAGUGACAAUCAUCAAACAAAUAUAAAGGUACUGCAUUGUACUACCGUGUUUCCCUAAAAAUAAGACCCUGUCUUAUAUUUUUUUGAACCCUGAAAUAAGCGCUUGGCCUUAUUGCCAUGCACUCAAAAGCCCGAUUGGGCUUAUUAUCAGGGGGUGUCUUUCUCAAAGGAUUUCCUAGAAUAAUAAAUUAUGGACAAAUUGAUUUAUUUUGGGUCCAUGUCCCGUCCUUUGUUCGUUUUUUACCUCAUAAACCAUAUCUCUAUAAAUUCUUUCAUCCUACAUGGAAAUUUCAAAUUAAAUACGGUCUUAGAAAACACAUUUAUUUUCCCAUAAAACAGGCAUAUUAAACCUGUUUUUAAUCUAAUAAAAUUGCCAGCACAUUCAGGAAAUGUGAAACCCAACUAAUAAUGCAAUGGCUCAUCUGUACAUUAAUCCAGGAGUUCACAUCAGAACAUUCAGCCAGGAAAGAAAAUUGAGAGGUAUCUGGCAUUUAGCGUUUGGAAGGUCCAAUCCAAAUCCUUAUGCUCUAGAAACCUAAAUGGGCCAACAUCAACUAUAGUUUCUCGAUUUUGUUUUCCAUUCUCCCUCCAAAGAGCUUUGAGUGACAAUCUAACCUCAUUUCUAUCCUACCGGAAAGAAUUGGAAUCCAAUCUCUCUCUCGAAAAUCUGUUGAUUUUUCUUGUUAACAAGAAAAACGCUACAUAAUGCAAGAACAUUUUGGUCAUAAUCACGCAGUAAAGCUAUCUUAUCUAUUAAAACGGUGUUUAAAAGCACUUCAAAAGCAAAAUGCAAACAUUGUACUUUUCACUACUUUUUUUAAAAUGAUGGCAGAGGGGGCAGAUUACUUAUCAUACGCUAUUCAUUGAAUUCAUAUCCUCUUUUCUACCGGGAGCAUAAGGCAGCAAAUCCUCUUGCAUUCCCCCUCCCACAUCCUUGUAAGCUCAAAGAAGCAACAGCAGUGCAACUGUUCCACCACUUAGCAGUGGCUCUCUUAAGGCGAAGGUCCUUACCAGCUCACUUGCCUAAGAUUCUUUCAUCUAGCACGACUAUGCUGAAACUUAGCCUGUAGUCCUGCCAAAGGCGGGGCCUUCUACACAAAGAGUGUUCUUUUUAGACAAUCAUUCUGAAAUCUAUUGUGAGUUACACUGCAAGCAGUUAUUUCUUGCAUAGCCCACAAUAGCACUGAGGACUUAACAUCUCUCGUCGGAUUAGAUGGAAAGGAAGGCAUUAUCAACGACACCAUUUAGAACAGAUGAGAAUCAUGUCUUGAGAUACGCAUCUCGAAACAGAACUACAUUCCAUUUCUUCCGGUCCCAAACUGGUCAUCACACAUCCCUAAUCCCAAUCCAGCUCAGGAAUAAACCAUGCAAUCCUGAUUGCUGGGUGCUGGCAUCCAGCCAAUAUAUAUUUUUAUCAGUGGUGGAAUUCAAUUUUUUUUUUACUACCGGUUCGGUGGGCGUGGCUUGGUGGGCGUGGCAGGGGAAGGAUAUUGCAAAAUCUCCAUUCCCACCCCACUCCAGGGGAAGGAUAUUGCAAAAUCUUCAUUUCCACCCCACUCUGGUGCCAGCCAGAGGUAGCAUUUGUCGGUUCUCCGAACUACUCAAAAUUUCCGCUACCGGCUCUUCAGAACCUGCUGAAUAGCAUCCCUGACUUUUAUGGACCAACAGCUCCUUGUUUUAUGUUGAACAUUUGAUAAGGGUCCCCCUAGUGAAGCAUUCCUGCUUUUUUCAGAGGCGGCUCACAUCUAAACUUUAACUAGAAUAUCAUGCCAUGAGCCUGUACUCAGAAAGUAAGUAGGACCAAAUGCACUAAAUUUGAUUUCAGUAUUGGUAUAAUUCAAACUUAUACGAUUGUAGAAUUUCUUCUUCUCUCACAUUAAAAAGGGUCAUUUGGUGGCUAGUUUGAAGAAGCCCCAGAGCUUCUUCUUGCUGGAGCUCUGAGGCUACAUUUUUACCCUAGCUGGAUUGGAGGAUUGACUGUCUAUUUACAGCAUUUAAUGUUAAAUAUAGUAUUGAACUCUUUUCUCCAGAGGAAAGGCUAUGCAGAUUCUUGUCUAAGAUGAAGUGUUUUUACUCCAAUCAAUUCUGAUGAACUGUUGACUCAGAGGCAGAGGGGAUUAUGUUUUUGGUUUAUUAAAAGUGGAAAGUCUUCAAAAGACUUAACAGUACAUAGCAAGCAGUCAUUGCUUGGCUAGAAACAUGAUAUACAAGUGUUAAUAAAGUCCUCGUCAUGCGUACCACUCUCAGUUGUACUGAGUUUAUCAGGACUUGUGCUUCAAUGAAUAAAUAUAGGAUUGCGAUCUGAACAACUGCAAUAAUACAAGCACUCCAAAUAGCCAUUCUAAAUAAUAUCUCUUUUUUUUUUCUGUUGCAUGUUUAUGUUUUUGGAGGGAGUGGAUGCUUUUCUUUAAUUAUCCUUCUUGCUUUGCUUUAGUUAGCCAACCACAUAUAAAUAAUUGUGAGUUGUUACUUGGACUCUAAACUUCGCUGCACUCUUUCAACGGCAGCGAUACUUUUCCUAUCUAAACUUUUCCUACUUACCAGCCAACAAUUUUAAAAGCACUUGCAAAAUCAUUGAAAUUACAUUCUUUACUUAAAAUACUGAAAAUACUUUUUUACACAGAAGUGCCAAAGGCUACUCUUUUUAAUAACGGCUUCUCAGUAAUUACAUUAAAGAACAAAAAGUGUAAUAAUACUAUACAUUGAGAUUCUAACUUCUGUUUGUAUAUCAUCUGUGAAGCCUUUUGUAAAACAAAUCUUUGUUUACAUUCCACUGAUACCUUAAUUUCAAAACAAAUCAAAUUGACAGGUGGCAUCUUCGAGUUUUUUUCUUACUUGCUGAAAGGGGCACCAAUUUCUUUGUUAGGCUGUGCUUUACUAAGAAAAAAAAAUUGGGUAAAAUACAGAAUAUGUUUUUAAAUGAGAAUUCUAUAUAAAGUAUUGUGUUCUAAUAAA